AUGUGGGUAAAAAAAAGAUAUUUAAUGACCGCCGGUGUAAGAGUCCGUAGCUCUUUAUCAGAAAAAAGAGUCCGCACAAUCAAAACUAGAGCAUUAGAAGAAGGCUCGAUCAGCUUUUUACCUGAUGAGAUCCUCCAGCAUAUCCUCUGCUUCCUUCCGACCAAAUUCGCCAUCAGAACUUCCCUCCUGCCCAAACGAUGGAAGGGUUUAUGGUGCGACACGCCUUGUAUCUCCUUCGCUAGCUGCACACUCAUGGCUGCUUCGAGAAACAGGACCCAAGAAUGCUACACUGCUCAAAAGAUGAUGAGUCUACAACUCCGGACCGGCCAGAUCCGCAGUGUUAAUCACAUCAACGUUUGGAUCGAGCUGGCCAUGAACCGCAGAGUGGAGAGUCUCUCCCUCGAACUUGACUUCAAGAGCGAUUAUAACUAUACUUUUCCUGAUUCCUUCUUCAAUCAAUCCUCCCUCAAGGAACUCAGCCUUGAGUCUCGAUUUAAAACUAUGAUUGUUCCCAAAGUAUCUGUGUCUUGGACAUCCCUCAAGAAGUUGUCCUUGCGUAGGUGUAAACUCUCUGAUGAAUCCUUGGCUACGAUUCUAUCUGGUUGCCCGGUUCUCGAAAGCUUGACGUUGUGGUUCUGCGAUGACCCGACCGUUGUUGAUCUCAGCGAUUCGCCGAGUCUGAGAACACUGGAAGUGCAACGCGACUUUGAUGUACUGACGCCAAUGAAAAUUUUGGCACCACAUAUCCGUUGUCUCAGGCUGGAUAGCACUAACUUACUACCUACUUUAUUUGAUGUCUCAUCUUUAGCUGAAGCUAAACUGAGCCUCUGGUGUCGCCCACUUGCCACCGAUGGAGAGUUUUUAAAAGUCGCGGUGCUAAUGAUGUUGGAAAGUUUGCAGAACGUAGAGAAGCUAUCUUUUGGGAGAGAAUUUAUCGAGUUGUUUUCUUUUCCCGAUCUUCUUGGUGUUCCUUUUCCGAUGAUGAAGGUCAAAGAUUUGACUCUUGAGGCAACGUUACAUGAGUAUGUUAUUCCUCCUGGUAUUGAACGAUUGUUACAAAACUCAUCUGAUUUGAAGAAGCUACACAUAAGCAAUUGGAAGACCCGGCCGGGGGUCCGACGUCGCCGUCGGAGCCAAUCGCGUUGGGAUGCAGAAUCAAAUGACGUGGCUACAUUCAUGGAACUUAUGUUUGAAAACAUUAAGACAUUAGAGAAAAUGGUCGUACGGGUGGACGACUAUUACCUUGACCCUUACGUACCUUGA